AAACUUGAAAAUAUAUUUAAAAUUUACAUUUGUUUUCCUGAAUACUUUACUCUUGCUGAUAAUACAAAGAAGUGACCUUAAAUAGUGAAUAUUUUUUAAUGUUAUUAUUUAUUUUCCUGAACUUUGUAUUGUAGUAGUUGCUGUCCUGUGGUUAAAGGCAGUGUGUGUUCAUCAGUAAAGUUGUGAUACACAUGAGAGCAGUUUCAAAUUCUUCAACCGGCUCUCCUGCUCUAAAAUCAAGAAUAGACCUAGACAGGGUCCAAACCAUAAUGGAGUCCAUGGGGUCAAAGUUAUCUCCUGGAGCUCAGCAUUUGAUAAAUAUGGUUAGGUUUCAGCAGCGGAAUUGUAUUCCUAUCAAAGACUAGCUUCAGUAAGUGUUGGCCAAUGCUGGAUACAAGCACAUGAUUGGACUACAAUCCUCAUCUACCUUAGGAGCCUUAGACAAGUCAUCCUCCACUCCUUUUCCUUUUAGAACUGGAUUGACAUCUGGGAACGUGACUGAAAACUUACAAACUUACAUUGAAAAAAGUACACAGCUACCUGGUGGAGAGAAUUCUGCAAAGCUCGAAGAGUGUAAAAUUGUGCUACAAAAUCAUUCCCUUUUUGAAAAUGAUCUUAAAAAUGCAAUGCCCUCUUUCUUACCAAAGAAAGCAAGGAACAACUUAAAUGUACCUAACUCUGAGUUGCUGCCUUUUCUCCAGAAUUUAUGUAGUCAAGUUAAUCAUCUCUGUCUGGGACAUAAGGCUGAGUGGCAGGAAAACCUCACCAAGACUGAUGAAGGCAAUCUUGGUGUUGGAGAAGCCUGCAACCUGGGACAACCAACCAACGGGGACAAAAAUUAAGAGCCUCGGGAAAGCCUAUUUCUUCUAACCAAAGGACCAGAAAAAGGGAGUCCUAGCAAAACAAAACCUUUCAAUAACACUUGUCCUACUCCAGUCAAACACCAGUAGAUAUACUGCCCUCCUGCCUGCCCUGUUGAAAGAGGGAGUUAUACUCUGGUUUCUCUACUGAGGUGGUAUCAGCAAGCUAAAUGGUGAGCUGUUCUUCCAUCUCUCACUCAGAGGAAGUGGGCAGCAUUCCAAUUCUGCUACUGAGGUGGUAUCAAUAGAGCUAAGCAGAAGCUGAACUUCCAGCCCUUGCUCAGCUGAAACAAGCGAUACUUCAGUUCUCCAGGGUGAUGUCACCACCAUCCUGCAAAGUCAAGUGAUGCUUUAAUGUCCUAGCUGGGGUGGUAUAAGAAGAGGAAGGGAAAGUUUGGAGCUGAAAAUAUCUAAAGAAAUAAUGGUUGAAAUUUCCUGAAAGCCAAAAUGGUGAAAGGCAUGAACUUACAGAUUCAAGAAGCUGAGUAAGUUCUACACAGGAUAAAUCCAAACAAGCCUAUGCCAAGUCAUAUCAUAAUUUUUUGAAAAAUAAAAAAUUUAAAAGAAAGCUGGAGAGAAACACCAUAUUCUCAUAGAAAAAUACCAAGAUUGUUGACACCGGAUUUCUUGUCUGAAAUUAUGGUGGCCAGUAAGAAAAGGCACAUUUUUCAAGUGCCGAAAAAGAACUAUGAGUCACAAAGUUUAUAUCCAGGAAAAAAUCCUUUAGGAAUAAACAUCAAAUAAAGACAUUCUCAAAUAAAUAAAAACAAAUUAUUUAGCACUGGCAGGUCUACCCUUAGAGAAUGGAUAAAGCAAGUUCUCUAAGGAGAUGAUGACAAAAGAAUGCUUAGAACCUCAGAAAGGAAGAAGGAUCAAUGGAAUGGAUAAAAAUGUAAGAGGUAAAUAUAGGCCGGGCGCGUUGGCUAACGCCUGUAAUCCCAGCACUUUGGGGGGCUGAGGCGGGUGGAUCACCAGGUCAAGAAAUCGAGACCAUCCUGGUCAACGUGGUGAAACCCCGUCUCUACUUAAAAUACAAAAAUUAGCUGGGUGUGGUGGCGCGUGCCUGUAAUCCCAGCUACUUAGGAGACUGAGGCAGGAGAAUUGCCUGAACCCAGGAGGUGGAGAUUGCGGUGAGCAGAGAUUGCGCCAUUGCACUCCAGCCUGGGUAACAAGAGUAAAACUCCGUCUCACACACACACACACACACAAAAAAAAAAAAACAAAAAAGAGGUAAAUAUAAGAGGCCAUCCUUCUCAUAAAUCUCUUAAAUCAUGGAUGAAGUAAAAAUCAUAACACUAUAUGAUGUAGUACUUAAUAUCUGUAGAGGGAGUAUCUAAGAUAAUUAUGUUUUAAUAAUUACUUUAAACAUAAAUGGCUAGAUUCACCAAUUAAAAGAGGCUUAUAGGGUGGAUUAUAAAACACAACCCAAUGAUAUGCAGUUGACAAAACACACUUCAAAUAUAAUGACACAGGUAAGUCAAAAGUAGAAAGAUAUGUCAUAUAAACAUUAAUUUUUAAAAAGCAGAAGUCAGAUAUUAAUAUCAGGUAAAGUAGGCUUCAGAGCAAAGAAAUUCACUAGAUAAAAAGAAGGACAUUACAUAAUAAUAAAAAGACAAUGACAUAGUGAACCUAAAUGGGUAUGCACUGAAUAACAGUGGUUCGAACCACAUGAAGCAAAAAACUGAUAGAUAUUAAAGAAGCUAUGGACAUAUCCAUAAUUAUAGUUGAAGACCUAACACCCCAUGAUCAACUAUUGAUAAAACCAUUUGACAGAACUAUAGGAAAGAUAUAGAACUGAAUAGCACACUAUCAGUCAGCAGGAUCUAGCUGAGAUUUGUAGAACACGCCAUUUCAACCACAGCAGAAUAUACGCUCUAUUUAAGCCCCUAUGAAACAUUCGCUGAGACCAUAUCCUUGGUCAUAAAGCAAACUCUCACAAAUUAAAAACAAUCAAAAUCAUGCACAGCAUAUUUUCUAAUGAUAAAAUCAAACUAGAAGUCAAUAAUCAAAAGACAGCAAAAAAAAAGAAAAGAAAACAACAAAAAACAAGCCCUUAGAAAUUAAACGGCAUGCUUCUAAACAAUCCACGAGUCAAGAGGAAGUCUCAAAAGCAAUGAAAAAAAGAAUAGCAUAGAACUGGGAGAAAAUAAAAUUCCAACAUAUCGGAAUUUGUGAGCUGCACCUAAGCAGUACUGAGAAGGAAAUUUUUACAUUAAGUGUAUAUGUUAGAAAUAAGAAAGAUCUCAAAUUAGUAAUCUGAGUUUCUACGUGAGGGAAAGAAAACAAGAAAAAGAAGAGCAAAGUAAACCCAGAGCAAGUAGAAGGAAAGAAAUGGGGACAGCCAAAAUAAAUGAAAAUUGAAAAAAACAGAGAAAGACCAAUGAAACAAAAAGCCGAUUCUUUGGGGGAAAAAAAUAGAUAAACCUGUACUAAGACUAACAAAGAUAAAAAGACAAAUCAGGAAUGUAACUGAGCAUAUAACUAUAGAUUUUAUGGCAAUUAAGAUAUAUUAUGAACCACUUUACACUCAUAAAAUUGACAGCUCUGAUGAUAUGAACCAAUUUUUAGAAAAACACUAUAACACAACCAAGAUGAAAUAAUCUGAAUAAUUUUGUGGCUAUUCAUGCUUUUUAGAAACCAAAUUUGUAAAAGUCCCCAAAAGAGAAAUGUCUAAGCCCAGAUGCUUUUAUCAGAGAAGACUACCAAAUAUUUUAAGAAAAGAUUAUACCAAUUUUACAUGAUCUCUUCCAAAAAGUAGAACUCAUUUUAUGAGGCCAGUAUUACCCUCAUAGCAAAACCAGACAAAGACAGUAGAAGAUAAAGGAAGACUGCAGACCAGUAUCUCAUAAGUUGGUUGCAAGAAUAUGCAACAAAAUAUUAGCAAGUCAAAUCUAGCAAUAUACUAUAUAAAAAACUAUAUACAUGGCCAGGCGCAGUGGCUCAUGCCUGUAAUCCCAGCACUUCGGGAGGCUAAGCCAGGCGAAUCACAAUGUCAAGAGUUCGAGACCAGCCUGGCCAACAUGGUGAAACCUCAUCUCUACUAAAAAUACAAAAAUUAGCUGGGCAUGGUGGCAUGUGCCUGUAAUCUUAGCUACUUGGGAGGCUGAGGCAGGAGAAUUGCUUGAACCAAGACUGGGGAGGCAGAGGUUGCAGUGAGCCAAGAUCCUGCCACUGCACUCCAGCCUGGGCUACAGAGUGAGACUCUGUCUCAAAACAAAACAAAACAAAACACACAAAUAAACAAAAUAAAAACAAAACUAUGUUUACCUGACAACCAAGUGGGUUUAGUCUAGGUAUGCAAUACUGAUUCAGUUUUAGAGAGUUAAUGUAAUCUGCCAUUUCAGCAGACUAGAAGAAAAUUCAUAUGACCACAUAAAUAACACAGAAAAGUAUUUUUAAAAUUCUAACACCCAUCUAUAAUGAAGGGAACUCUCAAAAAACUAGACAUUGAGAGGAGCUUCCUCAACUUCAUAAAUGAUGACUACAAGAAACCUAUAGCUAACAUAAUACUUAAUGGUGAAAGACUGAAUGCUUCCCUCCUAAGUCAGAAACAAGGCAAGGAUGUCUUUUCUCACUACUCUUGCUCAACCUAGUACUGGAAGUUAUAGCCACAGCAGUUAAGACAACAAAAAGAAAUUAAAUACAGAUUGCAAUGAAAGAAAACUGUUCUUAUUUGCAGAUGACAAGAUGGUCUAUGUAGAACAUCCCAAGGAAUUAAAAAAAAAAAGAUUUAGAACUAAUAAACGAAUUCAGCAAAGGUCACAGGAUGAAAGAGCAAAAUCAGUUGCUUAUCUAUAUUCAUAUAGAUAAGCAUCUGAUCUAUAUUUUUUAUAAAUAUAGAUUUUGUACCAUGGAUUCAACUCAUUGUGGAUCAAAAAUAGACAACAAAAAAAAACUGCAAUUUUUUUCCUGUCCUUAUUCUAUAAGUAAUACAGUAUAACAAUUUUUACAUAGAAUUUACUUUUAUUAAGUAUUGCCAUUUUAUAUAAGGGACUCAAGCAUCUGCAGAUUUUGGUAUGGACAAGGGUAGGUUUGGGGAGGGAGGUCCUAGAACCAGUCUCCCACAAAUACUAAGGCUUAACUGUACAAACAAUGACAUGAGGAAACCGAAAUUUAAAACACAAUUUCUUUUUAUAACUCAGCUGUCAAAAAUGAAUUAUUAAAUUAAAUGUUGACUUUCUGGUAUAAAAUAGUAAGAAUAAAAGUAAGCUUUUCAACUUAAACAGACACACUCACUAUACUAUUUAUAGUUGCCCCAAAGAAAACUGAAUACGUAGGUAUGAAUCUAACAAAACUUGUACAGGGUAUAUAUGCUGAAAAUUGUAAAAUGCUGAUGAAACAAAUCAUAGGAGAUCUAAAUAAAUUGAGGGAUAUGCCCUGUUUAUGGAUUGGUGACUCAACAUAGCAAAAUUGUUAAGUUCUUCCUAUUGAUAUGCAGACUUAACGAAAUUUGUAUCAAAAUCCCAGCAAGAUUUUUUUGUAGACAAAGGCAAGACUUUUUAAAAUUAUAUGAGAGGCAAAAGUAGUAGAAUGGUUAAAACAACUUGUUUCUCUUUCUUUUCUUUUUUUUUUUUUUUUUUUUUUUGUUUUGAAACAGGAGUCUCUGUCACCCAGACUGGAAUAGAGUGGCGCCAUCUUGGCUCCCUGUAACGUUCACCUCCUGGGCUCAAGCAAUUCUCAUGCCUCAGCCUCCCAAGUAGCUGGGACUAUGGGCACCGGCCACAACACCCAACUAUUUUUUGCAUUUUUAGUAGAGCUGGGGUUUCACCAUGUUGACUAGGCUGGUCUUGAACUCCUGGCCUCAAGUAAUCCACCUGCCUUGGCCUCUCAAAGUGCUGGGAUUACAGGUGUGGGGCUUCAGGCCCAGCCUAAAACGACUUUCACAAAAAGAAUUAAAUGAUUGGGAAUCACUCUUCCCAGUGCAGAAUAUCCAAUACUGUGUAGUAUUGGUGUGGGAGGAGAAAUAUAGAUCAAUGGAACAUAAUAGAGGGCCAGAAAUAGACUCUCACAAAUAUGUUCAAUUGAUUUUUAAUAAAGGUGCAAAACUAGCCAGAUGCGGUGGCUCACACCUAUAAUCCUAGCACUUUGGGAGGCUGAGGAGGGCAGAUCACUUGAGCCCAGGAGUUCAAGACUAACCUAGGCAACAUGGCAAAGCCCUGUCUCUACAAAAAACACAAGUUAGCCAGGCAUGGUGGUACAUGCCUGCAGUCCUAGCUACUUGGGAAGCUGAAGUGGGAGGAUCACUUGAGCCCAGGAAGAAAUGAGCUGCGAUUGUACCCACUGCCCUUCAGCCUCAGCAACAGAGUGAGAUCCUGUCUCCAAAAAAUGGUGUUAGUGCAGUGGGAAAUCAGAGAACUGGAGAGACAGAUGGGGUUGCAGGGGGAUUUUAUUUAAUGAGAUUACGAGCUCCGCGGAAUUGCUUCCUAAUUCUGAGCAAAGGACAAAGAAAAUGGGAUAUUUUUUAUGCAUCUAGGAUGAUGUAGCAGGUACAGAAGCCAGAACAAAGAACAGUUAAUCACCUUGUGACAUGUUUUGUGAUGUACUUCACAUUUGAAAAGUAACAUUUGAGAAAUGCAUUCUGCAGUUUUUAUCUGCUCUGUGACCUUGCAGCUGGUCAGCAGGGAAAACAGGAAUUCCUAGAUGUCUGGGAACUUUGCGAAGAAUGUGGGGAGGUAGAUAAGGGUUACAUGGUUUGCAGGAAGGCAGUUAAAUAUUUUGCCUUAAACAGAGUGGGGAUGGUAUUAUAUUAAACAGCAUACAACACAGUAAAAUUUACUUUGUUAUAUAGCAACUACAAAGUAUAAGACUUGGUUUUACUAUUAUUGCUAUUAUUUAAUUGCUUCACUAGAGCAAUUAAGUAUCCAAAUCCUUUCACCUAAACUUCACAUCCAACACAAAAAUUAACUCAAAAUGGGUCAUAGAUUAAAAUGAUCUUUUAGAUGGAAACUGGAGAAAAUCUUUAGCACUAAGAAUUGCAGAAAAGUACUUAAACGUGACACCAAAAGUAAAAUUCAUAAAAUAAAAUUAAUAAAUUAGACUUCAUUAAAGAUAAACUUUUGCCCUCUGACCCAAUUAAGAGGAUGAAAAUACAAGCUACAGAUGGGAGAAUAUAUUAUUUGCAAAUCAAAUAAUCUGACAGAUGACUUAUACCUAGAAUAUAUUAAGAACUUUCAAAACUCAACAGUAAAAAAAAAAAAAAAAAAGCCCAUUUAGACAGGAGAUAUUUCACCAAAGAGAAUACACAAACAGAUAUGAACAUGAAAAGAUACUCAACAUUACUAGCCAUUAGGAAUUCAAACUAAGACUAUGAUGAGAUAUCACAACACACCUAUUUGAACAGCUAAACUAAAUGCUCAGGUGGCAGGACAAGUGGCAAUAUGCAGGUAGCUUCACGAAGGCUCAUGAUGCACCUCAGCCCACAGGCCCCAGAGAAAACAGCCCAGCUGAAAGGGUGGUGAAGGAAGAGCCCAAGAGGAGGCUCAUGAGAUUGUCAGAUAAACCUGCUCCUGCAAAAGUGCAAACAAAACCAAAAGAGGCAGCAAGGAAAAAUCAUCCUUGGACAAAAAACUGCAAACAAAAGGGAAAACAGGAGCAAAGGGAAAGCGGGUCGAAGUGGCUAAACAAGAAACUAGAGAUUUAAAGAUUUACCUGCAGAAAAUGGAGAGACUGAAAAUGAGAAGAGUACAGCAUCUGAUAAAGCAGGAAAGCAAGAAGCCACAUCUGAUUCAUGUCAAAUACCAUGUCUUAUCAGUGGUCCCUGUCUCCCUUCUUGUGUAAUCCAGAGGAAUAUUUUUAUCAACUAGUUUGUAACUAUACUUUAUUUUAUUUUAUUUAUUUGUUUGUUUGUUCAUUUUGAGACGGAGUUUCGCUCUUGUUACCCAGGAUGGAGUGCAAUGGCGCGAUCUCGGCUCACCGCAACCUCCGCCUCCUGGGUUCAGGCAAUUCUCCUGCCUCAGCCUCCUGAGUAACUGGGAUUACAGGCACGCGCCACCAUGCCCAGCUAAUUUUUUGUAUUUUUAGUAGUGACGAGGUUUCACCAUGUUGACCAGGAUGGUCUCGAUCUCUUGACCUCUGAUCCAUCCGCCUCGGCUUCCCUAAGUGCUGGGAUUACAGGCGUGAGCCACCGUGCCUGGCCUUAUACUUUUUUUAGUAGCUCUAGGAAACAUUUAAAAGGAGGAAAUACCACUUCAUUCCGCUUUUUAAUUUUUUUUAAAUUAAAUUAAAAAUUUUUUAAUUAAAUAAGAUUUUUUAAAAUUUUAAAUUAAAAAUUUUUUUUAAUUUAAUAAUUUUUAACCUGCUUGGCAAUUUCUAGAGUGGUAGUUCUCAUAUGUUUUCAUCUCAGGAUCUCUUUAUAAUCUAAAAAACAAAGAACUCAAAGAAUAUUUAUUUAUAUAGACUAUAUUAAAAUUUGUAUUCAUUUUAAAAUAGUAAGUACUUGCAUAUAAACAUAAACAAUAAUAUUUUAUUAAAACUAUUGUUUAAAAAAAAUCAGUGAAAAGAAUGACAUUGUUUUAAAUUUACACAGCUCUGUAUUAACUUGCUCAUGUCUGCUUCUGCAUUAUAUUACAUGUAGUCCAGUAUAGCAUAAGAGCACAUUAUAACUACUCAAAACAACCUGAAUCGAUCUCUUAAAAAGCAAAUAUUUACACCCUAAACCUAGUAGCUUAGGGAAUUAUAGAAAACACAAAAAUAUGCUAUCACACAUUCUAUUAAUCAUUAUAUCAAUAACAGGUUGUGUAGUUUCUGGAAAAUACCACUGUGCAUUCAUGAGAGAAUGUGGGUGAAAAAGGCAUGUAUUACCUCAAUGUUACUAUAAAAACACUUUGCCCUCCUGGAACCUUUAAAAGGAUCCGAUAGUGUUCUCUGAAACGUACUCUAAGGAUCACUGUCCUAGAGUGCAAUAUAAGUUUUGUUUUAGAAACUGGAGUGCUUUUGUUUUUUAAUCUUUAAUUGUCCCAUGCCAGUUAAAUUCUUCCUCAGUUUUAUAUUAGGUUAGCAAAGAACUUUCUAACACAUUAAUAAGGUUUGUAUGAAAGAAAGAAGAUAAAUCUGUUUAAAUUGUAGGGUUGCUUGGGGAAAUACUUGGAAAAUAUACAUGUUGACCUUACAAUAAGUUGGGCAAGAUCAGUUUUGAUUUGGAGCUCCAUAUCAAAAAGACUCAUUCUAAGGGCUUGGUCCUUAAAGAGUCAUCUUCUCUUUUACAUUCCCAUUUCAGCAGUGUAUUUGGUAAAUGUUUAAAGAAAUAAGUAUGUGUUGAUGACUGUGGUUAUCUGUUGUGGAUGUAUGUUAGAACCUGAAAUACAUUGUAAGAAGACAACACAGUUUGUAGGGACAAAUUUCAGCCGCAUAUGUUGACUCCUUGUUGGUAUAAUUCAGUUGUUUUGUUAAAAUAUUAGGGAAAAUUGAUAUAUAUUUAAAACGUAUUUCCAGAAUGGAAGAACAGCCUGUUUGCUCCUACUUGGAAAAUAUUCUUUCUAAAAUGGAUAUAUAAACUCCAGGAGCACAUUGAUGGUAAGAUUGCUUUGUUAAUGGGUUUGCUGCAAAAUCCCAACUCCUCAUCCAUGGGAUGCCUCUAAGACAUCAUGACUCUGGAGAAAGACUUUCCAAUGGAGAAAGAUUAACUCUCAACAUAAACAAUGCACUGCAGCUGAUAUAGAUUCUUCUUUCCAAGCCCUUUCCUGACACAUUUGAAGUGUGAAAUGCUGAGGCUCCCCACUGAACCCAAAAAAUUAAUGGAAAAUUAAUGGAAGGGAAAUAAGACCUGAAAAGG